GUGAGAAGCGAACAGUUAGCCUCGGCCAGCUCGGUGCGCCUCACGCGCUCAACAUCUGAGCGCUUCGUGUUUAACCGUCAGGCGUCCGAAUAUUUUAUUUUGAAGUUUCACGGAAGUUGCGGCUAUUUUUCGGUCACAUUGACACCGUCGUGGUUCCAAACGUCGACAACGAGCAAGACAACAACAAGACACGCACGAGACCCCCAACCAGCGGGAAGCCUGUCUCCUGUGUUCAGAGAUUGACUGAAGUUCUGCCAUGCCUGUGGCCUCCACCAGGACAGAGCCUGCUCCCCAGGUGUUGGACGCAAUGAGUGACAGCACCACCAGCUCCACCAUCGCCAAUGACUUGGACCUCAUCUACCUCAAAGGCAUUAUGGAAAGCCCUUUGGAGCAGGAGGAGAGCCCCAAGGAGCCGCGACUGUCGCCAGUGAGGGAGAACAACGUGGAGCUCCUGCAGGAGAUCCUCAGGGAUCUGGACCCGUUCACGCAGUGCUCUGAUGCUGCUGCCGAGCUGGCCCGCAUCCUCACACAGCCUCACUUCCAGUCUUUACUGGAGACUCAUGAUUCUGUGGCCUCCCAGGCAUGCGAGAGCCAGCCUCCCAGCCCGUGUGACUGUGUUGAUCAUGAACAGGAAGACAGUCAGACGACCAACCCGGCCCUGCCCUCUGAUGCCAUACGCAUGGUUGGCAUACGCAAAGUAGCCGGGGAACAUCUGGGGGUGACGUUCAAAGUGGAAGGUGGAGAGCUGGUGAUCGCCCGCAUCCUCCAUGGAGGAAUUAUAGACCAGCAAGGCCUCCUGCAUGUUGGUGACAUCAUCAAAGAGGUGAACGGGCGAGAUGUGAGCCAGGACCCCAGGGUGCUGCUGGAGGAGCUACAAGCAGCCAGCGGCAUUGUGGUUCUGAAGAUUCUGCCGAGCUACCAUGAGACCAUUCCACCAAGACAGGUGUUUUUCAAGUGUCACUAUGACUACGACCCAGCCAAUGACACCCUGAUUCCUUGUAAGGAAGCAGGCUUAAGGUUUGAGACAGGAGACAUCCUUCAGAUAGUCAACCAAGAUGAUGUCAACUGGUGGCAGGCCCGACAUGUGGAGGGUGGAAGUACAGGGCUGAUUCCCAGUCAGAUGUUGGAGGAGAAAAGAAAAGCUUUUGUGAAGAAGGAUGUGGAGUUGGCACCUGCAGGAAAUCUUUGCACUGGUCUUGGAGUGAAGAAGAAGAAGAAGAUGAUGUAUGUGACCACAAAAAAUGCAGAGUUUGACAGACAUGAAAUCCUGCUGUAUGAGGAGGUGGCCAAGGUUCCACCAUUCAAAAGAAAAACUCUGGUUUUAAUUGGAGCUCAGGGCGUUGGAAGGCGGAGACUAAAGGCCAAGCUGCUGCUGAGGGAUCCGCAGCUCUUCGGCACCACCAUCCCAUACACCUCCAGAAAGCCUAAAAAGGGAGAACGUGAGAGUCGGAUGUACGCUUUCACAAGUCGCAAUAAGAUGGAGGCUGACGUCAAGAAUGGCCGUUAUCUUGAAUUUGGAGAAUAUGAAGGCAACUUGUAUGGUUUAAAGAUUGACUCCAUCCACGAGGUGGUGGAGGCGGGACGCGUCUGCAUCCUGGAUGCCAACCCACAGUCUCUCAAAGUGCUGCGGACCUCGGAGUUCUUGCCCUAUGUGGUUUUCCUACAGUCUCCUGAUUUUGAGGUGCUGAAGGCGAUGAAUCACUCGGCUGUAGAGGCUGGGGUGGUCACAAAGGCCCUGACAGACGAAGAGCUGCAGAGGACAUGUGAUGAGAGUGCUAAAAUCCAGGCCGCCUUUGGUCACUUCUUUGACCUCACCAUCAUCAAUGAGAACCUUGAUGAGACUUAUCGCACAGUCAAAGCAGCUCUGGAAACAGUUUCCAAAAACCCACAGUGGGUCCCAGUCACAUGGGUGUUCUAAGACCUGAGAACUACGCAUGUUUCAAUUUUCAAGACUCACGGUUUCAUCAGUUUCAACAGACAUCUGGCAUAGCAUAGAUCAGACAUCCUGGACCAAAUGCUCCUGGACCACAGCAGGAACUGUGUGUGUAGAAUAAAACUGUCUUAUUGCAGAACUUAGUGUGUUGGAUGGUAAAUGCUUGGUUGGCUUCAGGUGCACUAAAGUCUCAAAAAAGUUUUUGGAUGAUUUUAAGUCUUCUUAGAAAGACUUUGUGCAUGCUCGUGCAUGCAUCUGUGACCCAUCUUGGCAGUGUUGUAGUACUCCAGACCCGUCUUGGCAGUGUUGUAGUACUCCAGACCCGUCUUGGCAGUGUUGUAGUACUCCAGACCCGUCUUGGCAGUGUUGUAGUACUCCAGACCCGUCUUGGCAGAGUUGUAGUACUCCAGACCCGUCUUAGCAGUGUUGUAGUACUCCAGACCCGUCUUGGCAGUGUUGUAGUACUCCAGACCCGUCUUGGCAGUGUUGUAGUACUCCAGACCCGUCUUGGCAGAGUUGUAGUACUCCAGACCUGUCUUGGUCUCGAGACCUUUUUUUUUUAUGGUCUCGGUCUUGUCUCAGUCUCGGGCACUGAGGACUCUGGAUUUUAUUUCAAGACCAAUCAAGACUGCAACAGUGGAAAUAGCAUUAAACUUUCCUCAUGUAAACAAUAAGAUGCAGGGGGGCUAUAUUUGUAAAUCUGAUUAUUAAGUCAGUCCCUCACCAGCUAUGAACUUCACUGCACAUCACUGCUCUAUUGCUAUGUUUAAUGGUGCAGAGAGUGGUGAUUUCUGACAUGAGUAUUAUGGCCAAAUGCCCAGGGCAUUUUCUCUUUAGAUAAGCAGAACUCUUUGUUCUACUUAUCUAAAGAGAUACGCAGAAGUUAUCUUCUUAAAAGGUGUUUUUAUGAGAAUGUGAGUCUUUCAAAUCAAUUUGAUUAGCAAUUUUGAUCAUAUUUCACAUUUUAUUGUGUCAUGUAGCACGAAGCGCUGGUCUUGGUCUUUACUCGGUCUCGGACUCUGAAAGUCUUGGUCUUGUCUCGGUCUCGGUUUAGGUGGUAUUGACUACAACACUGCCCUGAGGACUUCAGAACUUUCUAUUUUUACAUUUUUCUUGCAAACUUCAGAGAUUUGUUUUUUUUCCAUUGGUUACAUAUCAUAAAGGAGGUCAGACCUUUUGGGGUCAAAAUGUGCCAAGAGAUUCAUUUCAGCCAGAAAACGGAUCCUGCCAACUAAUAUCAAAUAUUUUUCUACUUUCUGUUAACGUACAAAUUUCUUGGAUAUUCAUACAUAAUAAUGUACCAGACUAACCCUUAUUUAAACCAUGUGUUGCUCUAUCAAUCUCCACCAUAAAUUCCAAUAUGGCUUCUGCUCAUGUGAACUACAGCCUUAGCAGCAGUAAUAGGCUUUUAUUGAAUAAUCAUUAGGUUUUUAGCUCAUUAAGACAGACAAGCAACAUCUGGUGGUGAACAUAUUGGUGCAGUGAUGAUACAAAACACAGAGAAGCACGUCGUUUUGCUAACUGAGUGUAGCAGCUAGCGUAUUCCUCUGGAUAGCACUCCUUCAGAGGCCUUCCAUGCCUCAGUGGAUCAGGGUUGUUUUGUUAGGAAAAGCUGGUAGUCAGACACUGUAUGCUUGUAAUAUAUUUAAGGAUACCGAGUUUCUUAAUGCAGUUUAGCAUUUUUUAAUAUGUUACAGAAGCAGUAAGGUGGUAAAGUCAUUGUGAAAUGUAAUUUUUUUUCAUUGCAAAGACAGCAGCAGAUAGUCAGAAGCAACUUUUUCUAGUAUAACCCUUCUGUUGAGAUGGAAAUAAAGAAGUUAGAGUUUUUUUUCCAGUAGCUGGACAGAGUAUCAUUUACAUGGGAAUUCUAUUAACCCAAAGCAUGUGACAUAAUAUUGUUAAGAUCUUGCAGAUGGUCAGAAUAUACAAAACUGAUUUAUGUAAUUUAAAUAACUGAGGCAUUAGAUGUUGUCAACUCUUCUGUCUGUCUAAUGAUUUGCUGCCACGUGGAUUUGUGAAACAAAUCUAGUGAACAUAAACUGCAUUUGAAAGAAACUCUUUCAAUGUGAGUCAGCCGUAAAACUAAUUGAGCCAGUUAAAACAAGUCACAGUCUGAAUGCUUUCAGCCAUCCCAUAAUGCUGCCUUACUCUCUGAUUAUGUGACUUUACAAACUGUAACGCUGCAAAACUGCCAAGGACUCAGACCGUAACACAGAUCGGCAGAGCAGCAGAGCUUCUGAGAACUGACAUGUUACACAGUUUGGACUCUCAUAGAAACUCUGCAGUGUUGUGCUCCUUAACAACGCUGUGUCGCUUUAAAACUGUCCGUCAUUCCCAGCUGACACUUUUAUGUUGCACUGAUCCCGAUCUGUUUAACUAGAUCCCCUCUUUUUGUAGAUAGCUUGUACAUACACAAUGGUAUAAUAGGUAUUUAUAUUGGUUUAAAUGUCCAGAAGGCCAUUUUUAAAUAUAUGCUUAUAACCCAUGAGUGUAUAACACAAGAUCUAUGUUGUUCCUUCUGACGUUCCCACCUCUAUUUGCCGCACCAGCUGCGUUUCCAUUUCGCAGCUGUUUUGCUCAAACAGCAAAUGUCGUAUUUGAACAAAACAUUGUUGAUAUUUUGCCAAUGAAAAAAAAAGCUCAAUUUUGCAAUUGUGAUAUUUCCAUUAAAUAAGAAACACAAUUAAAUUCACACAUGAAUAGGUUUGUUCAUGCAAUAAGUAACUUUGAUACCGGCAAAAAAAUCACCUCAUCGCAGAACAAAAGCUUUUGAUCAAAAACCGUAACUUUCCAGUAAACAAAUUUAUUUUCGUAAUUCCAAUUUUUUGCAAUUAUGUGGUCAAUGGAAACGCAGCUUCUGAUCAUGGUUCUGACUGGCAGCUUCUGGAAGAUUUUAACGCACAAUGUCAAUUCACAAACAAGAAAAUCUGGUGCUUGUUAAAAACUGAUUGUUAACUGGCAGCGGUUGCUUCAGUUCCUUUUGGGAAGAGAUUUUUAGUUACUAUCUAUGCUUUAUUUCCUGAAUGUUGCUUAAGAACAGAUGUUUAUCUGGGAGCUUUUCGGUUCCGAUCACCUGGAAAGUUUGACUUCAUCAUUAUUGCUCUUCUGAAGACAAAACCUCACUCAAUUUUUUUAAAUAAAAUAGAUGCAAUACAGACAUUUUUUCCUUUAUCUUUAUGAAUGUUGGUACAUCUUAGGACAGAAGCAGUUUUUUUUCAUUCUGUUUUGUAACUGAUAAUUUCCUGUAUAAAUUCAAGCAAGAAGUGUCUUCAAAUAGAAGUUUACAGUACAUAUCUCUUCCAGUAUAUAUACUCCAUAGUGUAUACAGUGAAGAUGGUACAAAUCUAUCUAUGUAUUUGAUAUGAACUGAAACAUUCCAUAAUAUUAUGUAAUACUUGUUCAAAUGAUGACACGAUGUGUAUUAUUUCUUGACAAUUUGGAUGAUUUUGUAUUAGAGAUGUGUUGAGCAGCAUUGUGUUGUCAAUUUGCUGUUCAGUAAAGCUUUGAUUUGUUCAUAAAAAUUUUGUAGACUCUGGUUAAGUACUAUAAUAUCAGGAGAUACUGAAAACACUAUUCAAAACAUUUUUUGGUCAAUAUAUUUAUCUUGGGAUCAGAGGCGACACUGGGUGAGAGCAGUUCCAAUAAAUGUUGUAUUGUUCUAUAAAGAUCAAAUAGUUAUGAGUUCUUUUCCAUCUUUCAGAGGCCAAUAGCUGCACAAUAACUGCACUAUUUUCCAGUGUGUAGGAAACUGAAAGUCUGUGAUUUCCAAAAGGCUGUCAGUGUUUUCAGAAUCAUAACUUUCCAUAAAUAAAUGCUUUAAAGAAUAAAGCAGAGCUACUUUGCUGUCGUCCAUUUUCCCUCCUGUUAUCUGCUAGGCUGGAGUCCAGAGAUGCCUCUGUUUUAAACCAACCAUAUUUAACUACUUAAUUAUAAAUAUGGAUCUGAAGUUCAUUCAAAUGGGAAAGAAUGAGCCAUUUUAAUUUCCCUGCUGCUCCUGGUUCAGUUCAUAUGAAAUUAUUGAAUCAUAUUGAUGUUUUGCUCCACUCUCACUCUCACAGAUGGACAUUAAUUCAAACAUCUUACUGACACUGGAAAUUUAUUUUUGAGUUUCCGACUGGCUGGUCAAACAGAAAAAUCCUCCAUUUCCUGUCGACAACCGAUAUCUCAGUGCAUUUUUAUAACUUGUUAUAGUCAAAAAACUACAAACUGUUACAAGUAUGAUGAAUGAAAAACAUAUUUUGUUUUACUGUAAAUGUAUAAUACUGGAUUAAGCCUGAUUUUUAUUUUUUAUUUUUUGUUUAUCAUUAUGCUUUAAUCUUUUCAAAAUAAAUUAUUGGUUUGAUUUUAAAUGUGUGAUUUUCUUCUGUCUUAGAACAUAUUACUGAAAAUCAUGCAGAACUUUUAUAUGUAUACUUUAUAUUUUGAUGGAACAGUUUUAUCAGCAUGUCCAGAGGGAGAAUAAAAUGUCCUGGACUCAA